GAAUUUAAACCAAGAAGCGCCAUUGAAAUAUGUUUUGAAUAGUCGAAUGUAAUUUUUGAGCAAAAAUGUCAUCCCCAUCCCAGUUAAGAGAUGACCUUGCAAAAUGCCUGGAGUCAUCCAUGCAAAAGUUCCAUAACAUUUGGGUUGAUAUUGGAAUAUGUGAGUCGCAACAAAAGCAGCGCUCUGAGACUGUUGUUGAACAUCUCCGCAACCUACUGGAGGAAAUGGUUCAAGAGGAAGAAAUGUUGAGGAAUCAGAUCAGAACCAGAAUAGAAAAAUAUAGUAAAGAAGUCAGAGAAUUAUGCCAAGAUAUGUCUUAUCCUGAUUAUCAGUACAAGAAAUCAUAUUCAAUGCUACAGACAGAAAAAGACUUGAAAAUGAGAAUGGAAACCCUUUCUAAUGAAAAAGCUGAGAGAUUCAGAAAAUUCAACCAUUUCAAAGACCAAGAUCAGCACCUAUGUGAUAUAAUGUGCUUAACACCGUAUUACAUUCCUUCAGGAAGUACUCCCACCUUAGAACAGCUCCAAGCUUUGGAAAAUCAUGUUGCUUCAUUGAAAAUAGAAAAGGAUAAAAGAUUCCAUGAAUUUGUGAAUUCAAAAAAAGAAAUUAUAAAGCUAUUCUCGGAAAUGGAAAGAUCUCCAGAAACAGAAUUUGCUCGUGAUGUUGUUUGUGAAUCAGACUCCACAUUCCAGCUCUCCACAGAAAAUAUGAAAGCUUUAAAAGUGUUAAAAGUAGAGUUAGAGGAAGAGAAAGAAGAAAUGAAAAAGAAAGUAGAUCAACUAUGGAACAAAUUACAUGUACUAUGGGACAGACUAGAUAUAGGGGAAAGUGAAAGAGCGAAUUUUUCUAAAGGAAAAACUAGUGUUAAAGAACCUGUUGUUAUAGCUUUGAAAGAAGAAAUCAGUCGGUGUGAGAAAUUAAAAUUUCAAAAUAUCCAAAGAUUUGUAGAAGGCAUGAGGAAAGAACUAACAGAAUGGUGGGACAAAUGUUACUAUAGUCAACAACAGAAGAGGGCUUUUACUGCUUUUAAAUCAGAAAAUUUCACAGAGGAAUUGUUACAGCUACACGAUGAAGAAGUCUUGAGAAUGAAAACAUACUAUGAAAAACAUCAAGAAUUAUUUGAAGAUAUAAGUAAAUGGGCUGACCUAUUUAAAAAGAUGUUAGAACAUGAGAGGAAAGCUAAUGAUCCAAACCGAUUCAACAACAGAGGUGGAAAAUUAUUACUAGAGGAGAAAGAAAGGAAAAAAGUUCUAAAAGAGCUCCCUAAGGUUGAAGAGGAUGUUAAAACACUGAUAGCAGAUUGGGAAAAACAACAUGAGAAACCUUUCUUAGUGGAUGGUCGGCGAUUUGUAGACUAUAUAGAGAAACAAUGGGCAACACAUCAAAGCAGUAAAAUUAUAGAGAAAGAAGAAAGGAACAAGGCCCGAGCAAAGUUAAUGGAAGAAGAAAUGAUCUAUGGCAGUAAACCAACAACUCCAGCCAAGAGGAGAUUUAUUGGUACACCUAGUAAGACACCAAAUAAUAAACAAAGAAGAAUUGAUUACAAUAGUACUGGUAGUAGCAGUUGUAGUAGUGGGACAUCAUCAUUACGAGUCACUUUAAAGGUGAAGAUGAAUGACACAAACAGAACACCAGCUUCGUGUGGUAGAUUACAGCAGAACAGUGUAUUUGCAUCUCCUCGUCCUCGUGUUCCUGCGUCAGCCAGUAAAAUUCUUGCAUCUAGUAGAUCUGUUAACAGAAGGCGAUCAGGGAGAAUCGCUCGUAAAGUGUUAGGUGAGAAAGUGAACUUUGGCAAUAGUCACAUGACAAAUCAUUAUACCACUUCAACCAAUCAAAAUGAUACAUUUAGUCAAACAACCUUGGGAAGCUGUGUGCAAAGUGGUGGAGUAUGUAAUGCAUCCACGAUGGAAUCGUAUCAUGAAUUUGAGAAAGCUGUACAUCAAAACGCCAAGGCUAACUGUAGAAGUAGUAUCAUACCUAAAAGUCCUGGGAAGUUGUAGUGCCAAGACAAUUUGUACAGAGAAUUGUGUAUACACUUAUGUACAUAAUGUAUCUAUACUAUUUUAUCUGUAUAUACAAUGUACACCAGCACAUAUAUACAGUGUACAUCACAAAGGGCAUUUAUUUGUAUUUAUUGUCACGGACUGACUUGAUUUCAGUAAAUAUUAUAUUGUGAUGUAUUAAAAAAAAAGAUGCAUGUAUGCAAGUCUUUGUCAUCAGAAAAUGUAUACAUGUCAGAGUAAAUUUUGCAAAUGAAAAAAAAACAAAAUAAAAUAUACUUUAUGAAAAAUACAGGUAAAAAUAAAUGUAGCUAAAAAUGUAAAUGUCUUUGGGUUUCUGCCUCAAUGAAAAAUACCCUACAUGUUUACGUCUUGAUCCAAUCAUAUUAAUAUUAAAGAAACAUGGAUGAAAUCUUUUCAAUAUUUUGAUAUUUUAGCUUUAAAUAUUCCUUUAAAAAAUAGUUAAUUUAUCUUGCUUUCACCCACGAAGGAGUAAUACAUGUUUAAUAAAGUGUCUUUAUAUUUUGGGUCUGAAAUAAAUGCCGUAUUUUAUAUUUAUUAUUGCAGUAAGGAUUAUCUGUUGAGAGAGGGAAAUAGUCUUCUUCCUUUUAACAUAUUUUUGUGUACUCUUUUAUGCUUGCUAUUGAUAUGAAUGAUUGUAAAGAUGUAAGUUCAUAUAGAUAGAAUAAACAGUGAAUGAUUUAGAGAAAACAUUGAUUGUAAUGUAUGUUGAUAUUUUAUCUCUUUUAUAGAAAGUCUAUUUUAUUCUUGUUUAAACUUGAAUCUCUCUCUCUCUCUGUAUAUAGUCAAUGUACAUUUAGUCUGUCACUUCAAUCUAUCUUUAACUCUUAACUUUUAGCCUUUUUGUUUUUGUUUUAAUGCAAUAAGGGUUAAUUCAAGUGACUUAAAUUGUUUUCUUAAUACAAAUGUGUAUAGAAGUUUAAUAGAUGUUUUAAUGUUGUGAAAAUUUGAGCAGUUCGAUCAUUGACCCAAUGUUUAUAAUGAUGCAAACCUUUCUUGGAAUUACUUUUAAUAUUUACUAUAUAAUAAAAGCAUUUAGACUACAAGUAAAAAUGUAUACUUUUAUUCUGUUUUAAAAUGAAAAACAAAACUUAAUUGAAUAAAAGUGAAUUUAAAGAGUUUUUACUUAAAAGUGGGAGUGAGUCUGUUCUCCAAGUUUGAACAGGGCUUAAAAAUGUGGACCUAAUUGGGUCAGUGGUUCUUUGGUAUUCUGUAUCCUUUUAUAUUUAAACAAUAUCACUGUAUGAAUAUUUUUUAACUAUUGAUGAGACAACAGCAUUGUUUUUGGUAUAUUUUUACAUUAUAUCAAACUUAUUUUUGAUUUUUCCUUGAAUUAAUAUUUCUGUUUUCAGAGUCAUUAAAUAGUGUAUAUUAGCUGAUGGCUCAAUUCUAUGAUUUAAUAUUGCAAACAGCUGGUCAUUUCAUAUAUAAUAUUUUUAUGUUCACAACCCAUUCUUUACCAUUCCCAUUGAUUGUAUUAAAUCAAGGAUUUAAUUCUAAUUGUCUGACAAUUCUGUAGAUUUAUUACCAGUAAACUAACUUUUGCCGCCAUUACUUUUAUCCACCAUUGAUAAAUAUUUAUUUUAUAAUAUAGUCAUUUCUACAUUAUGAUUUUUUUUUCUUUUUUGCAAAUGAUUUAAAAUGUGUUCAUGAAAAGUUGAUUUGUGAAUUGAUAUGGAUUGUAUAAGGUAAGACGUCAAACUGCAUUUUUUAUCAUUUGAGAAGUUGUAUAAAUCAAUAAACAUUCAUUGUCUGAAAAUAUAGAAUAUAAAUCUUAUUUGUUCAAGCUUUAGAAACAGGUAAGAGAUUCCUCAGACUAUUGCAGGAUAAUUACCAUUGUAUUUUUAAAAAUUUUAUUGAGCACAAAAUCAUCAAAAAAAGUCUAUAACUUCAUGAAACAAUGUUUUGCAAAAUGAAGUUGUUAUAAUAAUCACUGAUGUAUACAAUAACCUUGAGACCAUUCACCACAAUUGGGACUGCCACGUUACAAUUGCUUAUUGGUUGUGAUCUCUAUGUAUGCUUUUAAUAUAUACAUGCUUGUUGAUUAUUAUGAUGUUAGGAGCUAACGGAGAAGGUAUGAUAAGGUGUUUUAAGUAUAGAGCACAAGUAACAAAUUUUUGUUUUUUUUCAACAAGUAGAUAAACAUAAAAUACAUUUUCUGUGUUAAUAUUUUUUUAAGUGACACAUGUGGUCAAUAUUUCUCAGCAUCUGUGUUUCAAAUUGUCAUUUUUGGCAAAUUCACCAUAUUACUUAAUUUACCUUACUGUCAUGGCUGUAUGACCAAUGAAAGGCAAAUGUUUUAAAAUUAAACCUCACUAUUUUAUUAAAGUUCAUUGAUUUAACAUUUAAUUCGGGAAAUUUCAAAUACAAUUCAUUUGACCCCAAAUCGUACAUUAUCUCGUAACAAUUUUGAAAUGAUAGAAGAGUUUAAUAAUUAUUUUAGCCGUUUCAGGGACCCAAUAUUGGUUCAUAUCAUACUAUCUCCAUUAUUUCCUAUUAGCAUACUUACAAAUGUUUAAGCAUUUGUUGUUUUCAUAUUAUAAAGGGUGUGUUUGACCUUUUCUCUGAUGUAAAUGAUACCUAUAUUUUAGAAAAUGUAUUAUUUUGAGAGUUAUAAAUGUAUAUCUGUCACUCUUAACCUUUGACAGGAGAAGCAUUUUAUUGAAAAAAUAGGAAGAAAGAUUAAAUUCAUUUUAAAGGUUAAUGUAUCUGAAUUAAUUUGUGCACAUAUUUGGUAUUUUAUGUAUUUAUCAUGAACAGAAAAUGUUUUAUUUUGGAAAUUUAUGUUCUCUAUGAGUUCAUCCAAUAAAAGAUAAAUAAUGUGCAAUAUUAUA